GUCCUUCCCUCCCUAAGGUACUUGCGCUUUCCGUUUCCCAAAUCCAAACAGCAGGCAAAGACAGGCCAAAGCAGAACAGUGAAUGACAAAUGGAAGCAGCAAAACCCGAGGGUUAGGGCUGAAUCCAUUCCGGAGGUUGCAUCCCUAAAUCCGAAAGCCGAACUCAAGCACUACAUUGACCCGUCUGUAACCUGUUGACUCGGGAAGCAGCAAGCCGGGAGGUCGCUCUCCCCAUUCACAUCCCGCCGCCAUGUCAGCAUCUUACAUCUCACCCCCUCCAAGAUCAUCCCAUUUACGCGUUCACAUCCCGGAGUUACCACACACUAUUCUCCAUUAACAAAAGUUCCAAUAAAAACACUGCCACGGCAUAAAUAAUCCACUGUCCACAACACACUCACAACCCAACGAUUUAACCCCUUCUAGCCACCUACCCCCAACCAUGUCCCUCACAGGCAAAGUCCUCCUCAUAACAGGCGGAACGAAGGGCAUCGGCCGCGCCACCGUCCACCGCGCAGCCUCCCUCGGCGCCUCCAUCGUCUUCUCCUACCUCUCCCCAACAAGCAGUACUACCGCCUCCGAAAUCGUCACCCAAUCCGGCGGUCCCUCCCGCCUCCUCGCCAUCCAAGCAGACGCCUCCAAAUUAGACCAUAUUGACAAGCUUGUCCACGCUGCCGUGGACAAGUUUGGCAAAAUCGACAUCGUCGUCCCCAACGCUGGAAUAAUGGGCAUGGUCGACCUCGCCCACGCAACAGAAGACUCCUACGACGCUCACUUCAAUCUCAACGUCAAGGGCGCGCUUUUCCUGGUGCAAAAGGCUCUGCCUUACUUCCCACCUGAGGGCGGGAGGGUCAUCUUCAUCUCGACCGGUCUCAACACGGCGAGCGGGGUAAGUCCGGGCUAUCUGAUCUAUGUCGCGACAAAAGGGGCCAUCGACCAAAUGACCCGGGCUCUGUCAAAGGAUUUGGCCAAGAGGAAUAUUACCGUCAAUGCUGUUGCACCUGGACCAACAGGGACGGACUUGUUCUUUGAGGGCAAGUCGGAGCAGAUUGUCAAUUUUUUGAAGGAUCAGAGUCCCUUUGGACGUUUGGGAGAGCCUCAAGAAAUCGCCGAUGUGAUUUUAUGGCUGGCAUCAGAAGAAAGCAAGUGGGUGUCGGGACAGGUCAUCAGGGUGAAUGGUGCCAACAUGGUGUAAGUCAAGACAUCAGUGGUGUAUUGAUGGGUGUGGUGAAUGAUCUCAGAUGUUGCUCUUCCCACCCUUGAGUCAACUAAUACGUGAAUCGGAAUCCCACC